AUGUCCGAGUCAAGCCACGCACCAAUACAUCUCAAUCUGAAUGUCUCUAGUGACAUAUCAUCGGCGUCACGUAUGCGCCCGCGAUGCAAUAAGUGGCAAGCCGGCUAUGUUCUGGGUGACUCUGGCAGUGGUAUCGCAGAUUUGUACGAAGUGGUCGACGCUAUUGGCUCAAUGACCAUCAACGAUGUUGAUGAUCUUGAAGCCAACCUCAUCAUGGACCUUGCAAGGGCCCGACGUGAUGUAUUCGAUGCAGAGAAAACACUUAACGAUUGCAUCGUCCGAGAACAUGAAGUCUUGACGACUCUUUCAAAACACAAGUCCGCCAUCUCUAAGCGCAAGGUCGACAAGGCAGAUGUAGGAUUGGGUCAUAUGCGCAUCACAUUCAGGAAACAUGGUCUUUCUCACCACCCAGCGCCAUACAAUUUUCACGACUCAUUCGCAUCCUGCCGUCAGGUCGCCAUCCAGUUGGACUAA